AUGAUGUGGGGCUUUCAUUCGCCGUGCAAUCCUGAAACGUCCCAGGGGUUUGCAGUGUUGAUCAUUGCAAAGAAGAAAGUCAGACACCCUGUGAGCCAGCGUUUGCGGCUCACCUUCUGGGUUCCCUUGGGCGGGGUGCCAGAUUUGCAUUGGGUAGAGGUUCCUGUAAAGGAUGUGCAAAAGCCCAAGCGAACAACUACCAUGCGAAUCCCCGUGGUGCUUGUGCAUGAGUGUGCCUUGGGCCUACGACACUGGAACCAUUGUUUCGUGUUCAAGCUUGGAGCCUGA